UCCGGCUUGAAUGGCUCUGUCAGCCGUGUGAACAGGGUUUUGGGUGCCAGUGUGGGGCAUGGUGUCAUGGCAAGAAUGUCAGCUAUCUUGACAUCGGAGGGUUCGUUUGGCAGGACUCGCCUCGUGGGGGUGAUCACGGACGAUUCAACCCCCUCGUAGGCUGGCACGCCUGGCUCAGCAGCAUUCGUCUCCGGGGCAUCUAUCACGUUGGUGGCAGCUUCGGCAGCGGGCUCGGGACCGUAGAUGGCGGUGUUAGCAACCCACCAUCUCGGGAAGAUGUAUAGGAGGACUCGCCUCGCGGGGGAGAUUGCGGAC